CAUUGUGGAAAUGUGCGUUAAAACUUUCUAAGCAUGAAUUCUAGAAUAUACAAUCUGCAAAUUACUAUAUUUUUGAUACAACUAUUCUUGCAAUGGUCUGGCGUUACCACGGAACACAGUUUGUUUCUUUUUUUGCAACUAUUAUUCGUAAUUUGAUCGAUAAUACGUUAAAUUUAUGUAUCGUUAAAUGUGCGUUAGGUUUUCCCAUAUCGAACGGGUUUCUGGCUUACAGAACGAUUUCGACCUCUUGGCGGAAAUAUUGUACCUGUCCAACAAAGUAUUCGUGUUCUUGCUGCCAAAGUGUUAUUAUUUUGUAUACUAAAGCUGAAAAAAGACUUUGCGUGAACGUCACUCAUCAAAAUAAUGGAUUAACGUUCAAUGUGAUGUUGAAUACCAACAGAAUAAAAACCAGAAACAUCACAGAUUAUAAACCAUUCAAGUUUUGCAUUACCAUACCAGGAUGCCUUUUUUCGUACGCAUGUGUAAAUGUAUCGGAGCUGAAUCAGUUCUCCAGUCGAUCGAUUCAAUGUUCUACACCAACUAAACUGUUUGAAACUUUUACAAUAAGGUCGAUAACAGUUUGCCUUCGAUUGGACGUUUUCUCAAAGAAACAACAGUGGCAAAUAAAUUAUGACUGCAUUAGCAUAUCAACAGAGAUGAUUGUGGUAUCAGGAAAUAGCACGAUACAAAUAACGAACGGAACCGAAGAAUUUCUCGGAACGCCCACGAGUCUGAUAAUCAAAACGACGGCGGCAAUACCCAAUAAUCCAAUGACAUCACCGACAACAAUAACGACAUCUAAAACUGAAACUGACGCUGCAGGAACGAUCCGAGAUGUGGAAGUAAUAACAGAACCUGGAAGCAGAUCCACUACGCUUAAGGAUAUCGAUUGA